GGAAGUUUUCAGCCGUAAAGUCUAUAUUUAAAAUCCUACCGGGAAAAGUCACUCAACUGACAACAUGCGCAUGGUUAGGACAUCAAGAGGGGAUGAGCAGAGUAGCUGUGAUUCGCUCUAAUCCUUCUCAAUGAGGAAGUGCUUUUGAGUUGAGACCAUUUCAAGAUGAGUGGAUUUAGUCAGUCAGGUUCUGGCUUUGGCCAGACAAAUCCUUUUGGACAGAUGAAGCAGACAGGCUUUGGUCAAACACAGUCCCCCAUCUUUGGAAAUAAUCAAGCAUCCAGUUCAACGCAAUCGUCCGUGUUCGGACAGAGCUCAACAUCAAAACAAACAUCUGUAUUUGGACAGGGCUUAUCAAGCGGUUUCGCCAAAAUCCAGCACAGACAAGCAUCUGUAUUUGGACAAAGUGGAUCAGGUUUUGGUCAGAAUCAGGGUCAAACACAGACAUCAUCGAUUUUUGGACAGCCACCAGCUUCUGUUUUUGGUCAGAGCCAAUCAAGUGGUUUUAGCCAAACUCAAUCAAAUGCAUUUGGACAAAGCCAGUCAACUAGUUUUGGGUCGACUUCAUCCGGCACCACAGCUCAGUCAAAUGUAUUUGGGCAAAGUCAGUCAUCUGGUUUUGGGCCAACUUCAUCCAACACCACAGCUCAAUCAAAUGUAUUUGGGCAAAGCCAGUCAACUGGUUUUGGGUCGACUUCAUCCAGCACCACAGCUCAAUCAAAUGUAUUUGGGCAAAGUCAGUCAACUGGUUUUGGGUCGGCUUCAUCCAGCACCACAGCUCAAUCAAAUGUUUUCAUGGCCACUUCAGGAGCAGCAUCUGCCAUGUCACAAACCAAUCCGUUUGCAACAUCAUCAGUCUUUGGACAAAGCGGAAAUCAGGGGGCAUCUCAAAACACAUCAGGUGGAUUUUCUUCCACUCAAGGGGCAAUGUCUGGGUCAGGAUUUGGGAGCACAGGUGGAAUAUUUGGUGCCAAGGAUUCGAAGAUGACAACAUCAUCAACAUUCCAGACUUCAGCAUUUGGAACGUCUACAACCCCAACAUCAUCUGCCUUUGGUGGAAAGAGUUCUGUAUUUGGUGGAAGUUCGUCCAAAUCAGUAUUUGGUGCAACCACUGGUGCAUCUGAUGGAUCUGGUUUUGGUGUUGCCAUGACAACUUGUAAAUCUUCACCUGUGUUUGGAGGACCACCCGCUACUACUUCCAUCUUCUCAUCGGCCCAGUCUUCUGUCUUUGGUGCCAAGAAAGAAUCACCUGCAGUCUUUGGCGGGACGUCUGAUUCUGGUAGUGUAUUUGGAGGUGCCAAGAAAGAUUCUUCAACAGUAUUCAGAGGUUCAACCUCCACCAGUGGAUCCUCAACAUUUGGUAGUGUCAGGAAAGGGAGUGGUAGUUUAUUUGGAGCCAAAACAAGCUCUAAACCAGCUUCUGAGAAUCUGUUCAAAUCUGUGAGUGCAAGCACUGGUGGUGGACUGUUCGGGAAGAAAUCAGACCUUCCUUCCACAGACAUUGUGACGGAGCAAAGUCCAAUGUCGCAGACCUCAAGUACAGGUCAAGGUACUCAGAGCAAGUCAAUCUCGAGCGUGUUCGGCAGCAGUAAGGUCUUCAGGGAGCAGGCAGGAAGUACAGGGGAGUCUCCGUUCAUGGGGGGAAAGUCAGGGGCACAGACAGGUCCAGAUGACGAGACUGGGGAAUCAAAGCCUGGAGUGAAGACGUUGUUUGGGAAGACAACGUUCAAGUCCACAGCAUCAGGGUUCCGUGAAUCAGAUAAAGCGAGAUCAGAAGGAGGACUGUUUGGAGCUCCAGUCAAGAAGGAACCAGGCAGAAGUCUGUUUGGAGGGGAAGAACAAGAAGCUGCCAAAGAGGAAGAUCGAAGCAGGAAGAGAAGCAUCCGAAGAGAUGAUGAGAGUACCUCUAAGAGAGGCCGCAGCCUGUUUUCCAGUGCCAUGGCUGGGGCUGUUGCUGGGAGUGGCAUGAGGAGUGACAGGACAGGACCCCGCCCCUCUGUGACUGACAGGACAGAGCCCCGCCCCUCCACAUCCAGAUCAGGGGACCCUGAUGUAGAGCCAGGACAAGAAGGAAGCCGUGAGUCAAGAUCCACCACAACCAUGAGACUGAGAAGACUACCAUCAGUAGCAGAGGACGUCACGUCCAAGAUUGCCAUCAUCUGUAAGAACGUCCCAACCAAGUUCAACAAGGGCUCCAUCCUGCGUAAACAUUUCUCCAAGUAUGGUUCUGUGUCCAAGGUGUUUCCCAAUGUCAACAAGAAGUCGGCAACCAUUCAUUUCAAUGACCAUAAAUCUGCUGCUGAGGCUAAGGCUCGAGGAAGAGUUCUGGCAAAGGGCAUCCCACCAUUGCAGAUCUUCUGGAGUACUCACUCUCCUGGGAUAACCAGGUCAAUGUCGGUCACGUCAGCAGCUUCACCAGAGGGGUUGGAGACAUCACCUACUGUGAACAGCGACAACACCAGUGAAGGUAAGAUUGUAAAGAAGUCCAAGUGGGACGAGGAUGAUGUUGAUGAUGAACUGAGCAGUAUGUCUGGGACUCAGGACGUAAAGAGCUAUCACCAAGAAGGUGACACGACCGCGAGACUCAUCACCAGCAAGCUAUCCGAGUCGGACUUCCCCAAACCAAGUCCCACCAAGACGACCUCGGACACUGUGUCGCUGAGCAGCCUCCGUACCGCCGUGGCCAAGAAUGUCCAUGACAUGAUCAAGAUUCUGGACCUUCGGGACAAGUUCAUCCGAGAAGGCCGCACCAAGCAGUUCAACUUGGCAACAGCACGGGCGUUUGUCGGGACGUGUAUGGACAUGUGUCCAGAGAAGGAAAGAUACGACAGAGAGGAGAAACGCAGACUCGGCAUGUUCGAGUAUGUUCCUGGAUCAGAAAAUAUCCCUGGACAGAACCCUCGUGCAGAUCACUCCCGUGUUGUGAAGGAGUACAGCAGAUCAUCAGCAGAUCAGGACGAGCCCCUGCCUCACGAGCUGCGGCCCAUCCCAGUGUUGGUGCGCACCAUGGACUACCUGCUGACGGAGAUCGCGGACAAGGGGACGGAUGGACGCUGGAUGGACUGGUAUGGCUUCCUGUGGGACAGAACACGAGGGAUAAGAAAGGACAUCACCCAGCAGCAACUCAUGAACCGAGAGGCGGUCGAGCUGCUGGAGAAAUGUGCCAGGUUCCACAUCUUCUGCUCCGAGCGUCUGUGUGAAGAGGACAUGCAUGUGUUUGAUGAGAAGAUCAACAACGAGAACCUGACCAAGUGUCUGCAGACACUGAAGGAGAUGUACCAUGACCUCGAUGUCAAGCAUCAGGUCUUCUGUCCCAGUGAGGCUGAGUUCCGGGCUUUCAUUGUCCUCAUGAACCUCAAUGAAGGAGACACACUCAGAGAGGUUCAGACGCUCAGGUCGGAGGUUCGCACCAGUACAGAGAUUAAGUUUGUCAUCAAGGUGUACACAGCUCUCAACAGCAAUAACUAUGUCCGAUUCUUCCGUCUGAUGAAGGAGUCAUCGUUCCUGAAUGCUUGCAUCAUCCAUCGGUAUUUCACGCAAGUCCGAAGUCGGGCGCUGCAGACAAUGAUCAAAGCUUUCGGUGGGAAGAAAUCCCAGUUUCCACUGACUGAACUUGUAAGGAUCCUCUCCUUCGAUAACGUCAAUGAAGCAGCAGCAUUCUGUCAGUUCUAUGGCCUGAAAGUUGCCGAUGGCGCCGUCGUAUUGGACAAAAGUUCUUUAGUGAUUCCAGAAAGUGCCUAUGCACCUCGUAGAGCUAUAACACUAAUUGAAUCCAAGAGAAUGGUUCCUGUCGGAGAGGUGAUCAGUGGGUCGGCUCUACCCCCUCUCCAUCUUCCAGAGCCUCAUUGCAGCUUUGAUUCCAAUGGCAGGUUCAGACUUGGUCCGGAACUCCUCAAGUACGAGGGAACCAAGGGGAAGAAACAGGUAGAGAAGUCAUCUCCGGAGAAGAAGCCCACACCAGUGUCCACGGUGUUACAGCCUCCAGUCUCACCUUCAACGCCGGUGCAGUCUCCGCUAGCCGUCACCUCCACCCAGGAGGAGAGUGCUGCCGCAACACCGGAGACAACGCAGUUCUCUAAUGAGGCUGUGAAGAUGAUUGCCCGGGAGCUAUUCUGGGAGGUGAUAGAUGAGUUUGUGAGGGAGAUCUCGACAGGGUAUGUGCGGGCAGUGCAGCUGUACCUGGACGCCGGGAAGAAGACUGUGGAGGAGAUUGUCGUCAUCGGGACUGCCACGCUCAUCAGACAGGUGUGUCAGGAGGUAUUCGCAGAGGAGACAGAGCUGCAACAGCAGGUUUUGGCUGCUGAGCUGAAAGAUCGUCAGUGUCGUGUGUCGGAGGACCUCUGCCAAGACUUGGUGGAGGAUGUCACAAAGCAGGAAGCUCAGAGCCUCGCAGUCGCUCAAGUCAGAGAGGUGCAAGCCCAGCUGAAGCAGGAGCGCGAGGAGAGAUGUACAGCUGUGGUGGCGGAUGAUGUUGUGGAGAACACCCUGGAGAAGCUCAUCCAUGAGAUCAGUGAAGAGGUCCAUCGCGUUGAUGUUGUCCAAAGACUUGCAAAACUGGAAGCCAUUGAGAAGCAAGUGAAAACAAUGCGUUCAUGUCGCUUCCUCCAGAUCUGGAAGAGGGAGCACGCUAAACGGGUGAAGCUGAAGCGUGCGAUGUUGGCGUUCCCGUGUGCUCCGAGCACUCAGGAUGUUCACUCGCAGCUGCAGACGCUGUUGCCAGAUCGUAGCAGUGAUAGAGUGGUUAACGGGAGGAUGUAUGUCAACCAGCAGGCAAUGGUUGCCAUAGAGACACCAAUGGACAUUGAGAAGCGAGACAAACUGUUCAUUGCUAGACACUCCUUGAUCAUGCUGACCCAUCGCCUGUUGAAGGAGAAGGCGUGGCAGCCGUUUGACAUUCCUGCGGUUGCUGGGAAGGAGUUUGAAAAGAGUUUCCUCAAACAAAGGGAUCCAGAGACACUUAUUGCAGAGACAGCACCAGAGAUAACAUGGAAGCUGACUGUGUCGCUACCGGAUGCAGCAGCAGCAAGUACAGCGGACACGGAUGUUGCAGAGCUGGUGAACAAGUGGUUGUGUGCAAAGUUACAGAGAGGAGAUGUACCUGACGAACCACAUCUCAAGUACAGGGGUGAGGUGUUGAGUUUGUACCAUUCCAAGGUAAAGGGUCAAGGGAGACAACCCUUGCAGGUGGGUGUAUGUGUGCGGACUGUAGUGGGAACUCUCAACAAGAAGGAGGUACAGAAGAUGGAAGAGAAGCGCCUCCUGCUGGGCAGCGCAGGAAUCCUCUUCGUCCUUCCUCCAGUGGAGGAUAACCAAUCCUACUGGAAGCAAGCCACGUCUCGGCUUGCAGGAGUUCUACAUGCUAAACCCAAGUCUCCUGCACUACCAUUGGUCAUUGUUGUUCCUGAAUCAGCCAAUGGGAGCUUUUCUGUGAGUGAGCUUGUACAAAGACUGGAGAUGGACAGUUUCCAGGAUGACGGGCUGGUGUCGGAAGUGAACAAACUCUCCCUCCAUGCAAGUGUUGCGGAGCUGGAGUCGGACCUCCCUCAAGCUGCUGACAGGUUGUCUGAGAGUCUGGUGUGGCUGGUGGAUCACAUGGCGGAGUUGCCGACGCUGCUGAAGGCACGGGUAGAUGACUACGUGGAGGAACUACUACUGCAGGAAUACUUCACCCCUGUCCUGCGCAAGAAACCUCCAGGUGAGCCACAACAAGGAGAAACACACUCACUCACUGCACCAGGAAGCACAGCCAGCACCCUCUGUGAAAACUGUGCUCCGAACACCCUGAUAACUCUCUACAACUGUGUAGUGGAGCAUCUGGCUGAGGUGGCGUCGUCUGCUCAUCUUACUGCCAUCUCUUGUCCCAUCCCUGAGUUUGUUUGGUGCUUCCAGAAAAUAGAGUUGCCAGCCUCCCACUGGAACACCUCUGACCACCUGAGUCACCUGUAUGAGGAGAUCUCCAUGCUUCAACUCCCUCGCUUCCGCUACUACAACUACCACAGCAACUCCUGGGAGCAGGUGUGCUCCGACGUGUGGGCCUUCGUCCAGGACGUGGUCAAGCAGAACAAGGGGAAGAACACUGUCCAUCUUGCCACAAGGAUCAAGAGUUUACUGCAGAAGGUAUGGGAGGAAUUUAAUGAUGUGUGUUACCUGACUGAGGGGGAAGAUAGGUGUGAACCCACCUAUGUCAACAUGCCCUGGACGGACGUCAUCGACGCCUGCAUCAACUACAGAAUUUCCUGUCUCCCCAUCAUUGACAAACAUUCACAGGAGAACCCGCCCCGGGAGCUGGUCGUGUAUUACUCAGAGGAAGAGUUUAAUGACUUUGCCGUCCCCGAAUCCUGGAAGGAAGCCAUGUUUGACAGCAAUAUUGAUUGUCGUACAGUGAUGGAGACUGUGGAGAAAGCCGUGGAGAAGAAGCAUGAGAAGUGUGCUGCCAAGUCCGAGGAGGAAGAGAUACCAGUCCUCAUGACCAUGACGGAGGGCUACUACGAGUCUGACAGUCUUCGGUCUCUGACGUCAAAGUGUUCCUCUCUCAUGACCUCCAUAGCAGCAGAGAAGGAAAAGGAUCGCAAGUUUGAGAAGUACCUGGAGUCCUUGUUGCUGGAUGGAAACAUGGAGAUGGAUGGUGGGAUGGAUGGGAACUUCCUGCCCGUAGCAUCAGGAGGAGCCUGUGACUGGUACCCUGUGUCAGGGGUGAAGACUCAUCAGGUUCUGGGCAAGAAUGGUGUGAAGGAUCCAGAACCAGACCAAGAUGUGGAAGCUGAACACUGUGAGGAGGAUGCUGACAUGACCAUCGGUGGGAGAAUGAACAGCCUGAAGGACAAGGUGGAUGCCUUUAGACAGGAGAGUCAACUGUUUGAAAAGAGGCUGGAAUUCUUGUUGAAUUCUUGAUGGAGGAUUGAACCGAUCAGCAGCCAUGUGAUGGUGGAUGCAGAAGUUCCUGGCAGGAGAGGUGGUCAGAUAUCUGUGUCUUGUUCCAAGCUUUGACCGACACAUGGAUGGCUAAUUCUCCGUGGGCAUAGCAGAACAUUAUUCCAUGUAUGGACAAACUUCUGAAUAUGUAGUGCUUCUCACAGACACUUAGAUCUUUGAAACAAAGUGCUGAAUGGUAUAUUCUGGUACCGGUGCCUGAACAUCUGUGGUGCAUUUCCAAUUUCAAAGAUGUUGUUGCUAGAAACCAUGUGCUGUUUAACCAAUUGUACAGUUAUCGAAUCAUGGCAUUGUGAAUUCAUCGCAUUAUUUUCCUGAUUCAUGAUCUCCUGAAUGAACAAACAUCACAAUUUCACAUAAAUCAUUGUCAUGCUGUAAUUUGUGUAUAUUUAAUGAGGAUUUAAAUUUGCAUCUGAAGAAAUGUCAAACCGUUUUGUAAUCAAGUCGAGGUGUUUGAGCCUUUGCAGAAAAUACUUUGAAAUUAAAUUGUGUUGCAUUCCA